GCCAAGCCAACAGCCAACUAUCCGAGGAAGCGGCAAGUCGCGAAGGUAGCCAAAUUGAGAACCAGACAUAAACAAGUGCCAUUUGUUUGAAACGUGGUGGAAGCAAAGUCAAGAUUUGUCGAUUAUAUAAAGGCAGACAGAAUGGCUGGUGAACGCAGUGAAGGCCCCUGCAUCGAUGACAUCAAGCUAUGCAAAGACGAGUGCCUGGUGGUGGCCUGCAAUGGCCUGACCGGCAGCAGGUGGCACGGAUCCGUCCAGCUGCACCGAUCACCCAGCAGCGUCGGCAGCGGCGAGUGCCUGGCCUCCCAGGUGGCAGACUCCACCGUCGCCGCCCUGGUGGUGCUCACCCCAACCAGCUUCCUCGCUGGACUCGAUUCUGGUGCCUUGGAGCUGCUCCGGCUGUCCAAGGAAGGGGAGGGUGCCCCCGAGAUAGAAUCGCUCUUCUACCAAUGCGACCAUGACGCGGGACUCACCUCCCUGGCGCUGAGCACGGACGGCUGCAGGCUGGCCUCCACCGGGUGGGACCACAGCAUCAAGAUCUGGGACCUGAGGUCCAUGCAGUGCACCAAGACGUACGUGUCAGCCCAUGCCGAUGUGGUCUGGAAGGUGGCCUUCUCUGCCGACCCCCACGUCUUCAUCUCCUGUGGCAGGGACGGCCAAGUACGUUCUUGGGACAUCCGGCUGAGUCGACCAGCCACCAUCCUGGGCCACUGUCCGAGCGUGCCCAGGGCUCUGGACUGGCAGCCCCAAAGUCCCAGCACGUACGCCGUGGGCCUGGAGUGCGGCCAAGUGGUGGUGCGGGACCUCAGGCAGCCGGGGAGCGACGUGACCCUGCUUCGGCCGCAUCGGAGGCCCAUCCACCGCCUCCUCUUCUGCCCCGUCAGGCCCUCUUGGCUGGCGUCUUGUGCCGACGACUGCUUGGUGGCCCUGGCCGACACCUCCCGAACCAAGGACCACCUGGUGUACAAGAGCCAGGAGCACACGGAGUUUGUGCGGGGCCUGGCCUGGGACAGCGGUCGUCUGCUGUCGAGCGGAUGGGACGGCCGUGUCCAUGUGCACGCGGGGAUGGCACCUUCCAUGCAGCUCGCGAGUGGAGAGGCCUAGAGACACUGAACUCGGCUCGUGAUACGCCUUGGACACUUACCGACUCCUGCACGAGCUUGGCCCACAGUUUGGCGGGGAUCGUGAAUGGACGCAUCAGUCUGCCUUGUGGGCAACGAGUCCAGCUUUGAGCUUUGUUUUUACCCAGAUCCAAUGGAACUGUGCAAGCUUGUUCAAUAUUUUUUGCUGAUUUCAAAUAUCUGGUCAUUUUUGCUA